GGGGUGGGGGCGGGGGAGGCGGGUAUAAAGCGGCGGCCCCGCCCGCGGUCCCCUCCCUCCUGCCGCUCGGCGCCGCGUCUGGCGGUCGGACGGAGCCUCCUCGGGACGCGUCCAGCCAGGGCGCCCGCGCACUCGGUCAGGACAGCAGGGUGCACGGGUGCCGCCGAGAUGCUGCGAGGCCCCUGCUCCGCCCUCCUGCUCUGGGGGCUCCUGGGGACCCUCCACGCCCAGCAGCAGGAGGUCAUCGCACCUGACCCCUCGGAGAGAAACAGUAACUGCCCAGAGAAAGCCGACUGCCCCGUCAACGUGUACUUCGUGCUGGACACCUCGGAGAGCGUCACCAUGCAGUCGCCCACCGACAGCCUGCUCUACCACAUGCAGCAGUUCGUGCCGCAGUUCAUCAGCCAGCUGCAGGACGAGUUCUACCUGGACCAGGUGGCCCUGAGCUGGCGCUACGGCGGCCUGCACUUCUCCGACCAGGUGGAGGUGUUCAGCCCGCCGAACAGCGACCGCGCCUCCUUCAUCAAGAGCCUGCAGAGCAUCAGCUCCUUCCGCCGCGGCACCUUCACCGACUGCGCGCUGGCCAACAUGACCCAGGAGAUCCGGCGGCACGUGAAAAAGGGGGUCAACUUCGCGGUGGUCAUCACCGACGGCCACGUCACCGGCAGCCCGUGCGGGGGCAUCAAGCGGCAGGCCGAGAGGGCCCGCGAGGAAGGCAUCCGGCUCUUCGCCGUGGCCCCCAAUCGGAACCUGCACGAGCAGGGCCUGCGGGACAUCGCCAGCACGCCCCUGGAGCUGUACCGCAGCAACUACGCCACCAUGCGGCCCGACUCCACCGACAUCGACCAGGACACCAUCAACCGCAUCAUCAAGGUCAUGAAACACGAAGCUUAUGGAGAGUGCUACAAAGUGAGCUGUCUGGAGAUCCCUGGGCCACCUGGCCCCAAGGGCUACCGCGGACAGAAGGGUGCCAAGGGCAACAUGGGUGAGCCGGGAGAGCCUGGACAGAAGGGACGACAGGGAGAUCCAGGCAUCGAAGGCCCCAUUGGAUUCCCAGGACCCAAGGGUGUUCCUGGUUUCAAAGGAGAGAAGGGAGAAUUUGGAGCUGACGGGCGGAAGGGCGCCCCUGGCCUGGCCGGCAAGAAUGGGACCGAUGGACAGAAGGGCAAGCUGGGGCGCAUCGGGCCUCCUGGCUGCAAGGGAGACCCUGGGAACCGGGGCCCCGACGGGUACGUGGGGGAAGCAGGCAGCCCCGGGGAGCAAGGAGACCAAGGCGCCAAGGGGGACCCGGGCCGCCCAGGACGCAGAGGGCCCCCGGGAGAAGACGGGGCCAAAGGAAGUAAGGGCUAUCAAGGCAACAAUGGAUCCCCAGGAAGUCCUGGCGUGAAGGGCGCCAAGGGCGGACCAGGGCCCCGAGGACCCAAAGGCGAGCCUGGACGCAGGGGAGAUCCUGGAACCAAAGGCGGCCCAGGCAGCGAUGGCCCCAAGGGCGAGAAGGGGGACCCUGGCCCUGAGGGGCCCCGGGGCCUGGCUGGAGAGGUUGGCAACAAAGGAGCCAAGGGAGACCGUGGCCUGCCUGGACCCAGGGGCCCCCAGGGCGCUCUCGGGGAGCCCGGGAAGCAGGGAUCUCGGGGAGACCCCGGGGACGCUGGUCCUCGCGGAGACUCAGGACAGCCUGGCCCCAAGGGAGACCCCGGCAGGCCUGGAUUCAGCUACCCGGGACCCAGAGGAGAGCCCGGAGAGAAAGGCGAGCCCGGCCCACGCGGCCCCGAGGGGGGCAGAGGCGACUUCGGCAUGAAAGGAGCCCCAGGGAGGAAAGGCCAGAAGGGUGAGCCUGCAGAUCCUGGUCCCCCUGGUGAGCCGGGCCCUCGUGGGCCGAGAGGAGAGCCAGGACUCGAGGGAGAGCCCGGCCCCCCCGGAGACCCCGGCCUCACGGAGUGUGACGUCAUGACCUACGUGAGGGAGACCUGUGGCUGCUGUGACUGCGAGAAGCGCUGUGGCGCCCUGGACGUGGUGUUCGUCAUUGACAGCUCUGAGAGCAUCGGCUACACCAACUUCACGCUGGAGAAGAACUUUGUCAUCAACGUGGUCAACAGGCUGGGGGCCAUCGCCAAGGACCCCAAGUCAGAGACAGGGACCCGCGUGGGCGUUGUGCAGUACAGCCACGAGGGCACCUUCGAGGCCAUCCAGCUGGACGACGAGCGCAUCAACUCGCUGUCCAGCUUCAAGGAGGCUGUCAAGAACCUCGAGUGGAUUGCGGGAGGCACCUGGACGCCUUCUGCCCUCAAGUUUGCCUACAACCAGCUCAUCAAGGAGAGCCGGCGCCAGAAGACCCGCGUGUUCGCUGUGGUCAUCACAGAUGGCCGCCACGACCCCCGGGACGAUGACCUCAACCUGCGUGCGCUCUGCAACCAUGACGUCACAGUGACGGCCAUCGGCAUCGGCGACAUGUUCCACGAGAGGCACGAGAGCGAGAACCUGUACUCCAUCGCCUGUGACAAGCCACAGCAGGUGCGCAACAUGACGCUCUUCUCCGACCUGGUGGCCGAGAAGUUCAUCGAUGACAUGGAGGACGUCCUGUGCCCAGACCCUCAGAUCGUGUGCCCAGACCUGCCCUGCCAAACAGAGCUGUACGUGGCCCAGUGCACGCAGCGGCCGGUGGACAUCGUCUUCCUGCUGGACGGCUCCGAGCGGCUGGGUGAGCAGAACUUCCACAAGGCCCGGCGCUUCGUGGAGGAGGUGUCCCGGCGGCUGACGCUGGCACGCAGGGAGGACGACCCGCUCAACGCACGCGUGGCGCUGCUGCAGUUCGGGGGCCGUGACGAGCAGCAGGUGGCCUUCCCGCUGACCUCCAACCUGACGGCCAUCCACGAGGCGCUGGCCAGCGCGCGCUACCUCAACUCCUUCUCGCACGUGGGCGCGGGCAUCGUGCACGCCAUCAACUACGUGGUGCAGGACGCACGGGCCGGGGCGCGCCGCCACGCUGAGCUGGCCUUUGUGUUCCUCACGGACGGCGUCACGGGCAACGACAGCCUGGAGGAGGCGGUGCACUCCAUGCGCAAGCAGAACGUGGUGCCCACCGUGGUGGCCGUGGGCAGCGACGUGGACGCGGACGUGCUCUCCAAGAUCAGCCUGGGCGACGCGGCCGCCGUCUUCCGAGAGAAGGACUAUGACAGCCUGGCGCAGCCCGGCUUCUUCGACAGGUUCAUCCGCUGGAUCUGCUAGUGCCCCCCACGCCCGCCCCGCCCCGCCCCGCCCCGCGCUCCUCUCCCUGUGGGCGCCGCCCUCCUGUCGGCGGUGCUACUCAGACCCCACCGCGAGGUCCUGCGCGCUGCCACCUCGAUCUCUCCACGUGUGGGUGUGAAGUCAGGAGCGGACGACCCCGCCCACCCCAGCUCCUCCCAGGGGUCCCACAGCCCUGAGCCGUGGAGCCCACCACCCCUCCCCUCUAUCUCGCCGGCCCUGCCCUCCAUGCCCCCCACGGACUCCAGAGGCUUCCCCCCGCCAUCCCAGCAGCCAGUCUCCAGACCCUCAUCCGCAGGCACUUUGUCCCCUCAGCCUCCCUCAGCCCAGCCUCAUCCUAGAACUCCUGUCCCCACCUCCACCCCCAGCAGCUCGCUGAGCCCCGCCAGCCCUCCAGGCCCUGCUCCCAGGUCUCCCCAUCGCCUCUGGGGGUCACCUGCUCUGGGUCAGACUGAUCUGUGACAGCAGGCCCAGCAUGUCCCUGUGUGCACAUGCCCCAAUCCAAUAAAGGCUUUGAACCCCCUCCUGCUCCCCAGCUCUAUGUGUCUGUGCCCUGCCAGGGACCCCUCCAGGCGGCCAAGGGGACACUCAGCCUGUCCCAUGCCCGCAGACUUGAUCAUGCCCCCAGGGCCCCAUCCCCCUACCUGCUCAGUGCACUGCAGUAGUGCUGGGCCUGGCCUCCUCUCUUAGGGCAGGUGCUGCCCCCAGGCACUGGCCACCCACACCGUCUCCAAGUGCAUAGACUGGAUGCCUCAGCUGUGGAUCCACCCGGUCUAGUCAGCUUUGGGCUGAAAAGGAUGCUACUUGAUGGAUGAAGUUUUCCUCUGUCCCCGAACCAGGGCCACCGUGCUUUCAGAAGCUUGUUGGUUUGCAUGAAAACAUUCUGUGGAUAGAUAAAUAGAUAGAUUCCAUUUUUCUCUGGAACCUCAGCGACUUUCUGUUCAAACCCCUGGCCUCGGAAGCUCACCCUCUGGGAAGCACCAUAUUAAACCACCAGCUCCCACAGGCA